AUGCAAUUCCCAAACACUCAAGUCGUUUUCAAGACUGUCCCAGUCAUAACUGCCAGCCAGACUCCAGCUAUCCCCAAGACUCUUUUCCUCAGAACAGGAAAUCCUGAGGAAACCGAAGUCGAUGAAGAAAGUACUACUUUUGGAUCCAACUCACCUAUGGAUUCAGUUCAAUGGGGAACGGAUUCUGAAUUAGAUUUCCUUUUGGAGAAAGCCCAACAAGGAUUCCAGAAACAUGACGGAAUUAGAUCAGAUAUUUUAAUGCAUGGGAAGGAAGUAUUUGACCUGGCCUAUGGAUGUCCAAGUGAUUCCAGCUUGGACCUACCCAUGACUUCUUCUUCAAGUGAUCAGCUCAUGGGUAGUGCUGCUGCUAAAUGGAAUUACUGA